UCAGCUUUCAUAUCCUUGUGAAUUCUCUCCCAAAAUCGAAGUGGUGAAAAAGCGUGAUGAUAUUCAGUGUCUUCGUGGUAUCGCGAUAAUCUAUGUAGUACUGUUUCAUAUAAGUCCACAAAUAUUUCCAAAUGGUUAUAUAGGUGUGGAUAUAUUUUUUAUUAUCUCUGGCUAUCUUAUCACAAUGAUUUUAAAUAGAUCCAAGCCACUAUCAUUAUCCGUGAUCUUGAAUUAUUUUUCGAAAAGAAUUCGUCGAAUAUUUCCUGCAUAUUAUAUUAUGGUUAUCAUCGUCGUAUUUUUGGCUCAUAAUUUUUUGAUUAUCACUGAUAAGACAGCUUUGAUUCGAGAUGCACGUUUUGCAUUUAUUUUUGCCACAAAUAUUGAAAAAUGGAUCGACGAAGGAGAUUAUUUUGCCUUAGGUCAACGCUACGAAAUUUUAUUGCAUACAUGGUCAUUGGCAGUUGAAGUGCAAUUCUAUUUAUCUGCACCAUUAUUCAUAUUUCUGCGACAAUAUUUAUCCUAUUACCGUAGCGUCAUGUCAACUAUUUUUCGAUUUUGGCAAUUUUUUCUUGGUAUGAUAAAUUAUAUUUGUCUAAUCCAGAUUAUACUUAACAAGCGAUUAAAUAAUUUUGUUUUUCUCAUAGAUGAAAAGCAAGAUAAGCAAGAAACGCCAAUAGUUUGGAAAAUGAUUAAUGUAUUAUCUUUGUUAUCGUUAUCACCAAUAUUUCUCAUCAAGUUACCACAAAAACCAUAUCGUGUAGUUGCAUCGUUAGCAACAACUAUUCUUAUUAUUGGUAAAUGGCGAUGCUUCACUGACAAUACUUCAAUAAAUUCAAUUUUAAUAUUUAUUGGGAAUAUUUCUUAUUCAGCAUAUUUAAUUCAUUGGCCUGUUAUUGUUUUUAUCAAACAUAAUAAUGAUAGCAAUUUAUUAAAUUAUUACGGUAAGUUGUUGAUUAAUUUCAAUUUAUUGUUUACGAAGCUUGAUCUGGUACCACUGGCUAUGGGGUAG